AAGGCUAAUGUGAUGGAAUGGAGUGGUGGCGCUGAGAUCCCAGCAUACAGGGACUAUCUAGUCAAGGUGAAAGGAGAGACAGAAGGAAGGAAUUGUGAUCUCUUGAUUUCCCUAGAGUCAUUUGAUGUGUUUGUUUUUGGACUUCUCAAUGGUGUAGAGAUCUUCAAGUUGAGCAACCUUGAAAACAGCCUUGCAACUCCAAUCCCUACAUUUCCAGAAAGAGUCUUGCCCUCUUGGAAGUACCCGAAAAAGCAAUAUAUUUUCUUAGCUAUUGGCCAAGGCAACUUCCCAGUGACUAGUAUGACAAUCCUCAUUAUUCUAGUCAAUAUAGCCGUCUUUAACUUGAGGCAGAUGUGGAAAGAGGAAUUUCACCAGGGAAAGGACACACAAACGACGACAACUGAAGCAUCCUACCGUUGCUUUUCACUCUCCGAGAUCGAAUCAGCAACCCAAAACUUUAACGAGGCAUUUGUUAUUGGACAGGGUGGAUUUGGUAAAGUGUACAGAGGAGUCAUCCAUGAGACUUCUGAGGUGGUUGCCAUAAAGCGGUUGAAAUCAAAAUCCAAACAAGGAGCUCAUGAGUUCUGGACUGAAGUUGGAACACUUUCCAAACUCCGGCACAUACAUCUUGUCUCUUUGAUUGGUUACUGCAACGAAUCCCAAAAGAUGAUCCUAGUGUACGAGUACGUGCCGUGCGGAACUCUUGCUGAUAACCUGUAUAAAAAUCGUAGAAACAAGACAGCUUUUGUUCCUCUAUGUUGGGAACAAAGGCUCAGAAUCUGCAUUGGUGCUGCUCGUGGACUUGACUAUCUUCACACUGGAACAGAAUAUGGGGUCAUACACCGAGAUGUAAAGGAUACAAACAUCCUCUUGGAUGAGAACUUUGUAGCUAAGAUUUCUGAUUUCGGGCUGUCUAAACUCGAAAAGACGAGCCAAUCAAAGAGCUAUGUGAGCACCCGAGUAAAAGGCACAUUGGGUUAUUUGGAUCCAUACUAUUUUAGGACCCAUCAACUGACAAGGAAAAGCGAUGUAUUUGCCUUUGGCAUCGUUUUGCUGGUAGUUUUAUGUGAGAGACCAGCAAUGGAUACUGAAAAUCUGGAGCAACGGAGUCUUCUAUCUUGCUUCCAAGAAUGCAUCAGCAAAGGAGAAAUUGAUGAGAUUAUUGAUCGUUUUCUUCAGGGUAAAGUUUCACCAAAAAGUUUAAAGAUCUUUGUGAAAUCUAUUCAAAAUUGCUUGCACAACGACCCCAAAGAAAGACCUACAAUGGCUCAAGUGGUGGUAAGCUUGGAAGAUGCACUGAAAAGGCAAGAGAGUACUAAUGUUUCUGUGGCAGAAAUGGCAACCAUUCCAGGGGAUGCACAUUGGGACAUAGGGAAGCCAAUAAAGAAAAAAGAACCUUGCUAUCAUUUUCCAAUUGAUGACAUCCGAGCAGCAACAGACAACUUCAGUGAUCGUAAUGUCAUCAUGCAAGAUGCAUUCAGGAAGGUGCAUCGAGGUUUUCUGCAAAAUAUGCAUAGAGAAGUUUGCAUUUACUGGUUUAAGCAAAAGGUAGAAGAAGAGGAAGUUCUAAAAUUCGGCGAAGAGAUGGAGAUGCUAUCCCAACUGAGACACCCCAAUUUGCUUUCCUUGCUUGGGUAUUGUUACCAUAAAAAUGAGAUGUACCUUGUGUUUGAUUACGAUGGCAAUAGAACUCUCUCCAGCAAUCUAUACAGGAGUCGAGAAAAAGGUCCACUGAACUGGAAGUGUAAACUACAAAUUUGCAUUGGUGUAGCAAAAGCUCUAGAUUACCUUCACAAUGGUACCCAGAAGACAGUAAUUCAUAUGGACCUCAGGCCAGCAACCAUCCUGCUGGACAUCAAUUGCGUCCCAAAAGUUUCUAAUUUUGGGCUGUCUAAAAUAGGUCACAUCGAUCCCUGGGCAAAGCAGUCAGCAGCUGGGGUGGUCUCAGAGACACUGGAUCAUAUGUGUCCUGAAGAUAUAAGCCUUGGUGUACAAUGUUUAACGGAAAAAUCAGAUGUGUACUCAUUUGGUUUGGUGUUGUUGGAAGUACUAUGCUGCCGAAGGUCAUUGAGCAAAAACAGUCUUCGAGACUCAGUUAGAAGAAGCAUUAGAACGAAAACACUUCAUCAGAUAGUAAACUAUCUGGAAGGUGAAGUUGCAACAGCAUGUCUGGCUGAAUAUUUGAAAAUUGCAUUUAGCUGUUUGCAAAUUCAGGCAGCAAGACGGCCAUCAAUGGACACUGUCGUUGAGAAACUAGAGUUUGCACUGCAGUUACAGGAGAACGCAGAAGCAACAAAGCCAGAGGUGAAGGGGAAAGGUCAUGAUGGUUUCAAGUUGGAGGACAUUUACAAGCAAAUACCAAAUCUUACUUCUACAAAGCCGAAAUGGAAACGGCCACUUCUGUUUUCGGUUUGCCGAGAGUGA